AUGGCAGAAUCGAAGCGAGCCAGAUUUCUCCCUCAACACUGCCAGCACCACUCGCGGAAAGCCCGCCAAAAUAACCACCUCCCCGAGCCGCAGUCAUGUAAUAUAAACGAUGUCGCCAUUACCCUAUCCGAAAGCAUCUUGGGACCGAUCCAGUGGACCACAUGCGAAAAGUCGCUGAAGGAUACCGUCGCCCAAGUCUUGUCUGAACAAGGAGCCGAAACAAGCCCGAUUGUCGUCUCCGCCGACACCAUCUUUUCUCUCAUGAAAGCUAUCGACGAGCUAUGCCUUCUGGGCUUGCUCUUCCCGACCCCUCAGGUUAAUCACGGCUCACAUCCCGUCCUUCUCGAAGUUGGACAGUCGCGGGGUCGUGUGGGUUGGACGCAGCUCCUCCGCUCCAGCAAGCCUGGCGGCCCCAGCAUCGUCAUCCGCCUGAGCACGGCCCGCCACCACGUCGACGGCACGAGUACAUCACUGCCGCUCAAAGAGAUUGUCCAGGUCGCGGUUCAUGAGAUGGUACACGCGUACCUGCUGCUGUUCUCCUGCCGCCGGGACCAGUGCGAGGUGGACUUCAAGGUCAUGCACUGCGACGCGGACGGCGGUGGGCAUGGCCUCGCAUUUGUCGCGCUGCUUAAGGCUGUCGUGGGCCAGAUCCAGAGCUGGGCACCCGGGUUGCGAGAGUUUGGGCUCACUGACGACGCCAUCAAUCCGUUCGAGGACUUUGGGCUUCAAUUGUGGAAGAGGGGGGACAGGAUCUCGUCUCGGAGUAAGGGGCAGCGCGUUUGGUGGCUCGCUGCGAAGCCUAUGUGA